AUGUGUCACCUGGAGACAGUUCGUCAAUAUGACAAUGAAACACUUUCAGAUUACAUGAAACAUUUCCAGGAAGCAAUCAACAAAAUUUCCAACCUGGACGAGCGUGAAGCUAUGAGCAUCUUCCGAAGGAACCUGGACCCGGAACAAAAUGAAAGAUAUGUAGUUGAAUUGAUCAACAAGGAACCCCAAAGCCUGGCAGCUGCCUAUGCCAUGGCGGCAAAAUUCAUUAAGGAGACCGAUGUACUCCAAGCUAUGAGAAUGACCCGACAAGGUAGCUCGAAAGGAAAACAAGUUGAAGACAGACCGAGAAAAGAGUACCACCAGGACAAAAAAUUCAAACCUGACAGACAAACCAACUUUGUCCAUCAUUCAGGCUUCAGGAGAACCAGCCAAUCAGGAUCCGGGUCUAGAAGUGACCCUGGUCCAAACAGACCAGUCAGAGAACCAAAACCGGAACCCGAGUGGACUCCUCUCAACCGACCCCGCGAGGAUAUACUCAAAGAGGUCCGGGACAAACCCUUUUACUAUGCCCCAAAACCCAUGCAGACUCCCCCAGAGAGCAGACCCACAAACCGCCAUUGUGACUAUCAUGGCACCCACGGUCACAAGACGGAAAACUGCAUAUCCCUCAAGUACUUCAUCGAAGAACAAAUUCGCAAAGGCAACAUGGGGCAAUACAUAGCCCGGAACACAGCGGACAAAGCAGGAGGAUCCGGGAAACAGAAAAACAUAGUCAACGUAGUUCUGGGCGGAUCCUGCUCUCCUCCUCCCAGCCUGGACUCCAGUCAAGAAAUAAUGUCCAUACAAACUUUCCCCGAGCAGGUCAUUUCCUUCAGCAGCAAAGAUUUCGAAGGAGUCACCCGGGGUCACAAUGAAGCUUUGGUAGUAACCCUGGACAUAGCCGAAAAUGAAGUCGGAAGAAUCCUGGUAGACAACGGCUCCUCAGCCAACAUCCUGUUCAAGCACACCAUGGAUCGAAUGCAGAUAGGAAGUAUCUGGAUGAAUGACCACAAGGAGGAUCCUCUAUACCGAUUCGGGAACAGCAUUGUCCCGGUCCUGGGCACACUUUAUCUCCCGGUCCGGUUCGGAAUGGCCCCGAACCAGGUCAGCCACAUAAUCAAGUUCUAUGUAACAGACACACCUUCUUCGUACAACGUGAUCAUCGGCCGCCCGGGACUGAAUAAAAUCGAAGCCAUCACCUCCAUCCCACACUUAAAAUUCAAAUUCCCAACACCGUGCGGGGUGGGUGAAGUAAAAGGAGACUCCACAACAGCCGGUGUAUGCUACAGCCAAUCCCUAGUCAUGGCAGAAACCCACAUGGAUAAUAGGAGAAAAGCAACCAUCUUUCAAAAAAAAGGAGCAACAAGAAACACCGGCCUUACCCGAGGAAAGACUCCAAAGGUGAAGUCCAGGUCAUAG